AUGCCGAUGCAGAUGGAUGUUGAUGGGCCACCGACUGAAGCGCUGGAAGAGAUGGAUAACCUGGUAUUGCGUCCCUUCGAUUCCGUUCUUGUGGUAAAAACCGAGUGCUUGCUUUGCUGGUGUAUUUCUCGAAACAAGUACUUGCUGGUACUACUGAAUGAGUUGAGGGAAGGGACUCAACGAGAUGAUACUCCCUUUCAUAUUUUCUUGGCCAUGACAUGGGAAAGCACUGCCUGCAUGAGAGUGACGAACCUUUUGAAUUAUGGGAACUGUUCCCCAUUUUCUGAGCUGGAAAUGGUUUUCGUGAUGACAAUCCACACUAAUUUUGGCUGGGAAAAUUAUACAUCUGAGAAUGAAAUUUGCGGCAUUUGUAGAGAUAUUGUUAUCGAUAGAGGAGUUUUGGAUGGUUGCCAACACUGGUUUUGCUAUACAUGCAUAGACAACUGGUCUGCCAUCACAAAUCGCUGCCCCCUCUGCAAAAUUGAAUUUCAGAAUAUAACAUCCACUCCAGUAUAUGAUAGUACUGGUACUGGAGAUACUAUUGAAGACGAUUACCCUUUAACAAGUGGUGAUGAUGAUUGGUAUGAUCCAGGCGAAAGCAACACAUUAUCUUUCCCAUCAUACUAUAUAGAUGCAGAAGCAGUAGUUUGUUUGGAUGGAGGUGAUUGCAUAAUUCGAAGUGGACUCGUUGCAGCUGAGGAUAAUUCAGCUUUAGAUACAUCAAUUGCUUGUGAUUCCUGUGAUCUAUGGUAUCAUGCUAUAUGUGUGGGCUUUAAUCCAGAAACUACAUCUGAAGAUUCGUGGUUGUGCCCAAGAUGUGUAUCUAUUGAAGCGAAAAAUGAAUCAGAGGUUGUCCUGAAGCAAAACGUCAAUGGAGAUUCUGAUAGAACAUCUACCGAUGCAUCAUUUUCUGGGAGGGUGUCAGUAUCUGUUGCAGAUGAUGGUGAAACUGCCCUUGUUGUCUCGAUGGUUGGUGUAAAUUCUGAAAGUAAGGAUGAUCUACUAGAAGGUUCACUAGGCUCGGAGACAGCCCAAGAAGCAUUUUAUUGCAAUUCACAUCCAAGUUAUUCCAUAGAUGAUUUAUCACAUGAGGCUGUUGCAAAUGCCUGUAUCCCGAGGAACAAAGAUAUUUCCUGUAGCUCACACAAUAAAUCUUCUGAAACUAAUCUGGCUCGCACGGUUUCUUCUGAACCAACACAAAGAUCAUCAGAACUUUCAGCAAUGCGUGAGUCAGCAUGUAUCUUAUUUAGCGCAGAGCAUGGUAACAUUUUGAAUGAACAAUCGGAAGUACCACAAGAUGGGCUAUCUUAUUCAUUAUUAUGUAGAAGUAAGGAGGCUGAAAGUACAGGAGAGGAUGCUGCGCUGCCUAGAAACAGUAAUGGGAAAUCUCCAGUCAUCAAAUCUGCACAACUUUCAUCAGCAGCUAGUAAGGUGGCAAGAUCAGCUGAUGUUGAUAUGAUCAACUCAGACGCAGUUCAGAAGAGGAAAAAUGACCAGAACACGCAGUUGCCACCCAUGGAGGAUAGACAAAAUGCCAGUGACAUGGAAUCAGGAGAUGAAAUUAGUCAUCCUGCGAAGAAAGCAAAACUGGGAGUGCCGGAUCAGGAAAUGUAUCUCAUUGCAAACUCAGGCGUUUCUUCAUCAGACUGCCAUGCUACUUCGAUUGCAGCCGAAGUUAUUGCCAGUGAUACAUCAAAAAUUGCCACACAGAAUAAAUAUGUCCCUGAUAUAAUGAGUAUAGUUGAAGGAGAGAGCUAUAUGAGGGAUCCUGGCAGGGAGCUGGCGAAGCCUGUAGGCAGAAGGGCAGGAGAUAAGCCUGGUCUUAGAAUGAAGAAGAUUUUACACAAGGACGGAAAAGAAUCAACUGCUGUAGUUCAGAAGCUACAACAAGAGAUAAGGGAAGUAGUUAGAGAUAAUGGUAUUAGUAUACUCAAGAAGGAUAACGCUUUUGACGAAAAACUUUUGACCGCAUUCCGUUCAGCAAUUGGGAAGUCCAUGGAUGGACCAGCCAAAAAACCCAACCUUUCACUCGCAAGGAAGUCACUGCUUCAAAAGGGCAAGAUACGUGAGAAUCUGACCAAGAAGUUGUAUGCAUCGUCCACAGGAAGGAGACGAAGUGCAUGGCACCGUGACAGGGAAGUUGACUUCUGGAAACAUCGUUGCUCCCCAGGGAUAAAUCCUGAAAAGAUUGAGACACUGCAAUCAGUACUUCAGUUACUCAAGAAAUCCUCAGAUACUGGCACGCGCAAAGAAAGUGCUGAAGAGAAGAAAGCCUUUUUGUCCAGGUUAUAUCUGGCUGAUGCAUCAGUUGUUCCCAGAAAGGGUGAUAUAAAACCUCUCUCAGCCCUUGAAGGGUCCCUCCCAUUCGAUAAAAAUAGCCAAAUCAAAGGUGACGACGGCAAAUCAACAAACAAACCUGCACCUGUGACUCAGACAAUCAAAAUCAAUUCACCCAACAGCACUGGAAAAGUAUCGAGUUCUUCGACCCUGAGUAAAGAAGCAUUGAGUAGAAGAGAAAACAAAAAUGGCCAGGCACCACAGAAUAAACAAAAUCAAUCUGCUGGUGAUAUCAAGCAGGACAAAAGAAAAUGGGCCCUUGAGAUCCUGGCAAGGAAAAAUGCCAGCUCUAUUGGUAGCAAAGAUCAAACAGAAGGCACGGACGAUCUCAGCAGGAAUGCAAAACUUCCUGUGGAUAUGAGGCCACAGCUCACAACUGGACGUCAUAAUAAAGUUCCCAUGUCAGUUAGACAGGCACAACUUUACCGCAUCGCCGAGUAUUAUCUGCAGAGAGCAAAUUUGGACGUUAUUCGCAGAUGUGCAGAUACUGAAUUGGCUAUUGCUGAUGCUGUCAAUGUAGAAAAUGAUAUCUACGGGAAGUCCAGUAGCAAAUCAGUUUAUGUGAAUCUUUGCUCCCAGGCUACUCGCCAGUCUGCCAAGCCAAAACCCGAGAAUGAUGCUUCAACUCUAACUGAAAAGGCUGAAGUUAGCAGCGAUCUGAUAUCACAGCAGGUUACAACUGAAAAUACCAAUAGUGGUAGCAGUAAUGUGGAAGAAGCUUUAGACAGAGCAGGCCUUUUGGAUAUUCCUGCUACUGCCGGACAAACUGAUAAGAGUGAACUAGCUGGUGUUCUCGAGCAGAAUGCGAGUGAAAAUACUGUUUGUUUCAACAGCGUGGAAGAAGUGCUAAAAAGAGCAGGCCUCUUUGAUUCCCCUCCUAACAGUCCCGAGAGAAAAAGUACAACAGCUGAAGGUAAUUCCAGGACAGUUUCCGGUUCCCCAAUUUCCACGCAACAAAAAUAUACAAAUACAGACGAUACUUACUUGGUGAAUUUGGACUCUGAACCGAGCAGAAGUUUGCAGUCAAGUUCUGAUUCUAGGGUUAGGGAUGCAUCCCCACUUAAAGAUGAGGAUGAUUCAUCAGUGCAGGUUCUGGACGAUGCAAAUUGUCAGAACCUCGAUCAGAGGCCGUCCUAUCAGCAACCAAAAUGUAAUUCUGAGGAUGAUCAGAAAUUGAUUCCCAGCGGAGAAACUACAGAUGUAACAGCAAAUGAAACCCUUUCAGUGAACUUGGCCGAAGCCGAUAAAUGUAGUUUGCAAUGCGAAAAAACGAGUCAAACAGACAAGGAAACUGUAGCUGACAUCCCUGAUGAAGUUACCGGGCAUGUGGAGAACUCAAAAGAAGUGGACAUAACAGUGAGCGAUUUGCAUAAUAAAUCUAGUCAUGGGAAUAAUGUGCCGAAAGAAGGUGAAGGAAUCAGGCAAGCAGUGAAACUGGAGCCCGGUAAAGAGAAGUCUUCCAGUGGCAAUCAAGAGUUGAAUCGUAAACAUUCCAAAGCAGACAAGUCAUCUACCCAUCCAGCAGAAAGUGUAGACAGUUUGAAGAAACCAGCACCUGAUCCAGGCAAUAACAGCGCAUCAGAUUCAUCUAGUUCCGUACAUAAGAAGGUUGAAAUGUUUGUGAAAGAGAACAUCAGGCCACUUUGCAAGAGCGGCGUAAUCACCGUCGAGCAAUACAGGUGGGCUGUUGCUAAAACGGCAGAGAAGGUUAUGAAGCACCACUCGGAGGCUAAGAAUGCCAACUUCCUGAUCAAGGAGGGUGACAAGGUCAAAAAGCUUGCUCUGCAGUAUGUUGAAGCGGCUCAGCAAAAGAUCAGUUGA